GAACUCUCGGUUGGCGGCGUCAACGUUUCCCUGGCUCUUCUUCACAAAAAUACACAAAAACUGCAACCGAAAAGCAAAUCCAAAAAACAAUCUUAUAAAUAUUCACAUCAAUCUUAGUGCGUUUUUUUUAAGUAGUUGUCGUUACCGCAAAUGCAUUUGAUUUUAAUUUCCGCCUGGAGAAUUUAGAGGAAAAGCUGAAUGUCGCAGUGCGAAUGAGAAUGCUGGCCGGGCAGCAGGAGGUCCGCCGUAGAUUGUCAAGCCAAGCCGGACAGCCGGAAAAUUAUUCCGGGGCAGGCGGCAGGCCACACGGCGUAUGCGUAACGAGAGAACGAAACAGAAAGUGAUGCGUAAUUUGCGGGCCAAAGCAACACAAAAAUUUCAAAUUAAAAGCAAAAUACCGAGUAUCAGUGCAAGGAGGAACGGCAACAGCUAAAUAAAACAAGCCACAUUCAAUUAGCAGCUCUAUAAUAAUUAAGAACCCCAAGAAAAACAACAAGGGUUACCUAUAUUUGAAAUAAGUUUCAAAAGCAAUGUAGUGGGAAUCCAAUGCAAAUGCAGAACGAGAGUACAAAGCGCAGCAAACGGCAGCCAAAUGAGGAGGAGAAUAAUUGAAAUCAAGUAAAACUUCAAACACAAACAACUAGCAGAAUAAGCAGCAACCACUGAACCCCCUAUAUAUAUAUAUAUACUUAUAUAUGUAUAAACCAGCAUAUAUAUAGCGUUAGCUGAGCAACAAUCUAGCUAUAGUCGCCAUGCAUGGACAUCACAACCACAACCAUCUGCAGCAGCAGCAGCCACAAAAUCCGCAGGAUCAGCAGCCGGGAGCCAUCAUGAAGGCAGCCAGCCAUCCGCCCCACCACCCACUCAGCCACCCACAUCCGCACCAGCAGCAGCAUCCCCAUGCCCAGCCACAUCCGCAUCCGCAUCCCCAUCCGCAUCCACAUCCGCACCACAAGCUGUCGGCGAGAAGGGCGCGCAGUCGCAGUCGAAGUCGCAGUCCAUCGCCGGAUGGCAAUCAGGAUUACGAUGUGACCAGGAUGCGGGAGGAGGACUUCCAGCGGCUGGCCGUCUACCUGGUGCCGGAUGUCCAGGCGGAGCGGGGACUGCCCAAUCGGGCGGACAAAACGCUGCCGCGCAGCCUGACGCUCAAGUCAUCCAUGGUCUACUCAACGCCAAAUGUUAAGACUGAAGGAGUUUGGAGCAGCGGGGUCAUCCCACGUGGCACUCGCUUCGGCCCAUUCGAAGGCAUUCCAACCUCAAACUAUCCCAAUGAUAAGAACAAGGCGCGCUAUUUCUGGCGGGUGCAGGGAACACGCCACAUAACCUACGGGAAUAUUAAGAUCUUCAAGGACGAUGACUACUAUUAUCUGGAUGGCUCGGAUCGCUCGCAAUCCAAUUGGAUGCGCUAUGUGGCGUCCGCCUACAGUCUGUCCGUGAUGAAUCUGGUGGCGUGCCAGCACCAGGAGAACAUCUAUUUCUACACCACCCGCGACAUUCUGCCCAACGAGGAGCUGAUGGUGUGGUACUGCAAGGACUUCGCCAGUCGUCUGGGCUACGAUGUGGAUCCCGAGACGACGAUCUUUGGGGCCUGCAAGCAGGCGGUGGAGGCGGAGGAGGAGGUCGAUGAGGAGGAGGAGGAGGCGGAGGGGGAGGAUGGCAAGCCGCGAUACUCGAUGCCUGCCCCGGAAAUUCCCGCCGAUGUGGCCGUGAGUCACAUUACCUACGUCAUGGGUCUCCAUCUGCCUGUGGGAGCGGGAAAUGGUGCGGCGAACGGUGCGGUUUCCGUUUCCGGUGCCACGCCUCCACCACCCAGUGCCACCCAAUGCUGCCGCCGCUCCAGUCCACCCGCCCAUGUCAGCACCACCACCGCCGCUUGCAACUCCCACCACCCGCACAUCCAGCAUGGUCGCCACGCUUCCGUGAUCAUCGGCCAGGAUCGAUCGCCUUUGGCCAGCAGCGACAAGGACACGGCGGGCUCACCCCUCUCCGGCCUGGAUCACCAGAUGACACCGCAGGAUGGCAGCGUGAGAUCGGUGCGUUCGGAUGAGGGCUACCACAGCAACGAGUGCCACGAGGAUGGACUCACGCCACCCGAGGAUUCCAGCGACAGCGAGAGUGAGCACAACUAUGUGCUGGACUGUUCGAAGAAGGCGAUUGCCCCCAAGGAGACGGUGAUUGCCCAGGCCCAGAAGCCUAGCAGUUCGCCCCCGGCAGUGGUUAUGGCCAACACCACCACCAGUGCGAUCAAUAGCCAUAGUUCGCCAGCGGCCACGCCAAUUUGUGAGACGGACAAGAAUGAGUACAGGAAGUUCAAGGUGAAGAUGCCGCUGAAGUAUGAGUUCAAGAACAAGAGCUGCGUGAAACAGGAGCCCAGUCUGAAGGAGGUGGAUCAGGAGAUGUCCCUGCCGCAGGAGGAGGAGGAGGAGCAGGUGAUGCAUCCGGAACCCGAUUCCAUUUGCCCCUCGACCACCACCCAUCUGGGCGAUGAGCAUAUGCUGAUGAUGGACAGGGAGCGGGAAAGGGAGAGGCAGAGGGAUAGGGAGCAGGAGAGGAUUCAGGAGCGAGAACAAUCCAAUCAGCAGCCCGCCUCCUCCACGGUCAUUGUCCUGGAACACAAUUCCGGUGGCCAGGCCCGCACCAUUGUCCCACUGAGCAAACCCUACUACGAGCCAGAUCCGCCGGGAGAACGCUAUCUGCGAUUUGGCCAGCCCUCGUCGAGCAUCCUGGAGACCAUCCUGACGAGCCAACAUCGUUUGGAGGCGGCUGCAGCGGCGGCAAAUGCCUGUAGGCAGGCCAAUGCGGCCACGCCCCCACCCACUUCGCCCACGGAGAUGGCCUACAGCUACAAGAAGUCCCAGCGAUAUGGCAAUGCCGUGAGUCCGGACAGCAGCUCCAAUCUGGGCCAGAAUCCCGAGCAGCUCUCCUCGUCGACCGUGGUGGUGGGUGAGCAGGAAAUGACCAGGGCCACCUUGAUCAAGGGGGAGUGCUCGCCACCACCGCCCAGCCACCAUCAUCACAACGUGAUCUUCUCACCCUCGAGACAUGCGGCCUAUUUGGGAGCUGGCGAGGCGGGUGGUCACUCACCAAGUCCCGGCUAUCCUGGUUAUCCCCACUACGGAGCAGCGGCCACCUCGACCUUCCACUCGCCACCGCACAGUUCCCAUUCGCCCUUCGAUCGCCAAUCGAAUGCCUCGAGUGGAGCGGGCUCUGCAUCCAAUUUGCAUUUGUUGCAGACCAGCACCCAGAUGCUGAACCAUCCGCUGAUGCAGCCGCUCACCCCGCUGCAACGCCUGUCGCCCCUGAGGAUCUCACCGCCCAGCAGCCUGAGUCCCGAUGGCAACUCCUGUCCCCGCAGUGGCAGCCCCCUGAGUCCCAAUUCCCUGGCCUCCAGGGGCUACCGAUCGCUGCCCUAUCCGCUGAAGAAAAAGGAUGGCAAGAUGCACUACGAGUGCAAUGUGUGCUGCAAGACCUUCGGGCAGUUGAGCAACCUCAAGGUGCAUUUGAGGACCCAUUCCGGCGAAAGACCCUUCAAGUGUAAUGUGUGCACGAAGAGCUUCACCCAGUUGGCGCACCUGCAGAAGCAUCACCUGGUGCACACGGGCGAGAAACCGCAUCAGUGCGACAUUUGCAAGAAGCGAUUCUCGAGCACUUCCAAUCUGAAGACCCAUUUAAGGCUUCACAGUGGCCAGAAACCAUAUGCCUGUGAUCUGUGCCCCCAGAAAUUCACACAGUUUGUGCAUCUCAAGCUGCACAAGAGAUUGCACACGAAUGACAGGCCGUAUGUGUGCCAGGGAUGUGACAAGAAGUACAUCAGUGCAUCGGGUUUGAGGACACACUGGAAGACCACCAGCUGCAAGCCCAACAAUCUGGAGGAGGAGCUGGCCAUGGCCGCAGCGGCCACCUCGGAGUGUUUGGAUAAAGACCAUCCCGAACCGGACUCCCGAGAAGCCUACGAGCAGCUGACCCAGCACAUGCAUCCUGCAGUGCAUCCGGGAUUGAGGCAUCUCUCAAACGGAGGUCAAUCGCCACCACGAUUGAUACCCCUGGGCAAUCACAUGGCGCCGCAGCAGCAACAGCAGUCGCAUCAGCAGCAGCAACAUCAACAGCCACCGCCCCACCUGCUGAUGGCUCAGCAUUCGGUGGGUCCGGCACCCAUGCUCCUGACCACCGCCAGCCAGUUGCCACCACCGCCGCCGCACCACCAGCAGAAUUCGCCCAGCCGCCUGCUGCAACAUGGCCACCCACAUCCGUUGCAAAUGCAGCAGCAACAGCAACAGCAGCAGCAGCAACACUCGCCCAAGGGACUCAAAUCCCUGCCAGAAUCGGGGGUGUAUCUGCAUGGUCAGCAUGUGCAGGCCCAGGAGAGCAGGCCAUCGGUCAUCGAGUCCUCCAACCAGCCCAUGAUCAUCGAAUGCACGUAGGAGAUGUGUGUCAUGGUAUACCAUAUAAAAACAAGGACGAGCUGCAGACCAGAGGAAGUGAUGGAAUCCAAGUGCAAUAAAAUCAAAUAGAGUUAAGAACAGACAGACAGACGAUACCCCCCAAAAAAAAAAGCAGCACAAGUAAACGUAACGGUAUUAUUAUAUAGUUGUAUAUAGUUCAAGACUUCCCCGUAAAUUUUUGAUCCCCACGCCCCCCCCUUAAACUGAAAUUGAAAACUCAUUUUCGCGCUAUGAAAACUAGAUCUCACCAAUUGGCAAUCCCAUGAAUUCUUCUUCUCAUCAUUAUCAGCAUGGCAGGAGAGCACUAAAGGCAUAUUAUUUUUGAUAAAUAUUUUAUAUAUAUACACCGUACAUAUGAAAGGACGUGUAGAAAUUGGUUAACAGGAAGGCGAUUGUUAAUGGGAGAAUAAAUGGAGCCGGCAGCAGAAGAGAAUUUUGCGGAAAACUGA